UCGAGGCGUGAACGUGGCAGCCAUUUUACAUCAUCAAGAGUGAAUGACUGAAGCCGGACCAGUGCCGGGAGUUUUACACUUUUUCUGUCUUUUAAAUAUCACAUUUAUCUUCCUAAGUAAUCAACACCAUACGCGUUGGUGUGCCAGCGGCAGAUUUCUGGAGACAUGGCCACAGAACAUAUUAAUGGAAAUGGUCCAGAAGAACCUAUGGACACCUCUGCUGCAGUUACCCAUUCUGAGCACUUCCAGACUUUAUUAGAAGCUGGUUUACCACAGAAAGUUGCUGAAAAACUAGAUGAAAUUUACAUAGCAGGUUUGGUGUCACACAGUGACUUAGAUGAUCGAGCAAUUGAAGCUCUGAAAGAAUUCAACGAAGAAGGUGCUCUUCAAGUCCUUUUGCAAUUCAAGGACAGCGACCUCUCACAUGUUCAGAACAAAAGUGCCUUUCUUUGUGGCGUGAUGAAGACGUACAGACAGAGAGAGAAACAAGGGACCAAAGUGUCGGAUACCAAUAAAGGACCAGAUGAAGCCAAAAUUAAAGCUUUGCUGGAAAGGACUGGUUACACACUUGAUGUGACAACAGGACAGAGGAAGUACGGUGGUCCCCCACCAGAGUCUGCUCACUCAGGAGCCCAGCCAACCAUCGGUACAGAGAUAUUUGUAGGCAAAAUCCCCAGAGACCUUUUUGAGGAUGAGCUGGUUCCACUGUUUGAGAAAGCUGGCCCCAUCUGGGACCUGCGCCUGAUGAUGGAUCCACUCAGUGGCCUGAACAGAGGCUACGCCUUUGUCACUUUCUGCACUAAAGAAGCUGCACAGCAGGCUGUCAAAUUGUGCAACAACAAUGAAAUUCGACCGGGCAAACACAUUGGUGUGUGCAUCUCUGUGGCCAAUAAUAGACUGUUUGUUGGCUCCAUCCCCAAGAGCAAAACAAAAGAUCAGAUUGUUGAAGAAUUUGCAAAAGUCACAGAGGGUCUGAAUGAUGUCAUAUUGUACCACCAGCCAGACGACAAGAAGAAAAACCGGGGCUUUUGCUUCCUGGAAUAUGAAGACCACAAGACGGCAGCUCAGGCUCGCCGCCGACUAAUGAGCGGCAAGGUGAAGGUGUGGGGAAAUGUGGUCACCGUGGAGUGGGCUGAUCCCAUCGAGGACCCAGACCCAGAGGUCAUGGCCAAGGUCAAGGUGCUGUUUGUGAGGAACUUAGCAAGCACUGUUACAGAGGAGAUACUUGAAAAGGCCUUCAGCCAGUUCGGCAAGCUGGAGCGAGUGAAAAAACUGAAAGACUAUGCCUUCAUCCACUUUGAGGAAAGAGAUGGUGCUGUGAAGGCCUUGGCUGAUCUCAAUGGCAAGGACCUUGAAGGAGAGCACAUUGAAAUCGUCUUUGCCAAGCCACCUGACCAGAAGAGGAAGGAGCGCAAAGCCCAGAGACAAGCCGCUAAAACACAAAUGUAUGAUGAAUACUAUUAUUACGGGCCGCCCCACAUGCCACCACCCACAAGAGGCAGAGGGCGAGGCGGACGCGGAGGUUACUCUUACGCCCCUGAUUACUACGGCUAUGAAGACUAUUACGAUUACUAUGGAUAUGACUACCACAACUACCGGGGCGGCUACGAUGACCCGUACUACGGCUACGAGGACUUCCAAGGGUCUGGGAGAGGACGAGGAGCGAGGCCAGGACUCCGCGGCGGUGCCAGUCAGACCAGGGGCCGUGGUGCUAUCACACCGAGGGGCCGAGUGGGCUUCUCCCAGCGAGGAGGUCUUGGAACAAUCAGAGCAGGGAAACGGGGCCGAGGGCGGUCCUGACCUGUCAACGGUGGAUACUGACUUGAUGUGUGGGGUUACACCAUAAGCUGCAAUGGAUGUUGAAACAACUACGAGCAUGACAAAAAGGUCCAAUGAUAUUCCAGCCUUACAGAAGAAGCAUCUCCCCUCCUCUUUACUUUUUUUUUUUUUUUUUUUUUUGUGCUUGUGUUUCCAAUUUUGUUUUUCUGAAACUGCCACCUUUAAAGGUACAGUAUGCAGGAUUUGUCAGUUGUUCUUUGUAAAAAGAUUAAAACCUGGUCCCUGAGAGAGACUGAACGAAGAGAGGAAGAAGUUUUGGCGAGAACAAAGCAAUUAAUCAGAGAGAAUUAUUAUUAUUUUUUUAUUAUUAUUUUAUAUCAGUUACGUUCUGAAGCACAAACACACCCACAUCUCCUCACAGCCUUGCAGGGAGGUCUUAUUGGCAGAUUGUGUGUGAAUGCAGCUGAGGUACAUACACUCUUGUCUUGUCCACUGGCCUCUCCGCUCAGGGCGCACAGCUUCGGCGUGGAGAGCAGAACAAAGAGAUUGGCAAUGUAACCUCGUUACUAUGUUUAUAGAGUCCUGCUCUGCCACCCUGCACGCCGUUAUCAGGCUGCACCUUCACUGCCCAAAGUCUGUAGAAACAUCACAAACAUGGCAAAUUUAGAAGGCAGAGGAUGUUUUCUGCAGAUACAUACACCGCCACACACUUUCACGUGUAUAUAUUAAAAAAAAAAAAAGAAGCUUAUUGAGAGGGAUAGCUCUCAUACAAGUUCAUACGCUUCAUCCUGCAUAAUCUACCUUUAAAGUCUACCUUUAAAGAUUCACCCAAGGGUUUUGAACACUCUUCGAAUCCUCUUUGCCCUGAGUCCCUGUACUGACCCCUGAUAUAUAGGGCUCUAUGAAUUGCCCUUACAAUCUGCCCCUUCCCUGUCCCCGAACAUGCCAUUUUUUUUUUUUUUUUUUUUUUUUACUAAUUAUUGAAGAAAUUGCACUUUUUAAGUUUUUAGUUUUGAAGUGGCUCAAAGGAGCUUGAUGCUAUUGUAUAUUUUUGUGCUAAUUGCAAUUAUUGUCGGAAUAUCCAUGUUAAUCUUAAUUGUUUGAUCAGGAUGUUUGAAAGAGAACAUUUGCAGGGUUUUAGGGUGUACCCACCUGGCAUGGAUAAGUCAGGCAUUCCAGGAAAGUGGUUCUUUUCAGAACUUGUCUUUAAAGGGUUGGUUGACUACCUCAGUACAGAGGACUAAACUACCCGGCCUGUACUGUAAAUAGGGAAACUAUAUUGAUGAAAGCAGGGCUUGUUUUCAUACAAAAUAUGCACAAGAGCUGCAGCAUAAAAACAAUGUACUUAAUGUAAUAUAGUCAUUUUAGCUGCAGCUCUGCAGACUGCAAACAGUCAAACUGGGCAUGCAAAACAAUCUCAUAUGAUGAGUCUGAACAAGCCCUGCUUUUAUCCUAUUUUGAACUGAAUUAGCCGCAUUGCUUCUUCAGAGUAUGUAGUUACUGGUGUAUAGUUUUUCGGAAAUUGUUACUUUUGUAAAGGCUUCAACAUCACAGGCAUCCAACUGCCUUUGAUUAAAAAAAUAAAAAAACAAAAAUAAAGCCCUGCAGUGUCCCUUUUGUGCCACUGUAUUCCAGUGGGUUUGAUUUUUAUAUUGUUCAAACACAUUUUCAAUCAAAAGAAUAAAAACACAUUUUCAACUAAAAGAAUAAAACACAUUUUCAAACAAAAAAAAAACUUUUGAAACAAAAGAAUAAACCCCAUUUUCCGAAUAAUGUAAAAUAACCUAAUCCAAUGUUUCAUCUUCUAAGAUCAUGUUAACCUUUAAUGAUCCCUUCCCAGUCCCCAAGACAGCAACUAUGUCAAAGAUCUCUGGAGUUAAUCUUGAUGGAUGACUGAAAUGCCAUAUUGCCCAACCAGUGAGCAUGUGUGCCUAAUGUUAGCUGCUAUGGUUUGGUUAGGGAUCAUAUUCUGAUAGUGGUAGAAGGGAUACUGCAGUGAACGAUUUCUAUUUCCAGGUAUAGCAUAAAGGAAACUGCUCUUCAAUCCCAGUUUUCUAUACAGUUAACUCCCUCAAUAAAAUCAUAACAACCACCUUUUGAAAAAAAGAUGUUAGCAGUUUUAAACUAUUGUUGGUGGCCAACAACGUUUUUUGCAUUCCUGCAAAUAAAUUGUUUUAUACUGUAAGAUGGAGGUGAGUGUAACUUAUUUUUGUAAUAAAGUUUUUGAUUUCUA